CAGGCUCCGCGCUGCCAUUCCGGCUGGCGGCGGCCGCUGCAGGAAGGACCGUUUCCUGCGCUCCCCGCCCCUUCCCUCGCCAGUGCUGACGCUGACGUCGGCGCAGGGAGCUGGAGGGACGCUCGGAUCUCCGCCGGGAGGCUCCUGGGGGCCGGGGCUCUGAGGUUUAAUAUAACAUAUCCUGUCAUGCUUUCUCUCUGCCCCUUCUCAAAUCAUUAGCAGUAGAAAAGAGAAGAAAAGAUGUCAGGACACAAAUGUUAUUCCUGGGAGUUACAGGACCGGUUUGCUCAAGAUAAGUCAGUUGUCAAUAAGAUGCAACAAAAAUAUUGGGAAACGAAGCAGGCCUUUAUCAAAGCCACAGGGAAGAAGGAAGAUGAACAUGUUGUUGCUUCUGAUGCAGACCUGGAUGCCAAGCUAGAGCUGUUCCACUCAAUUCAGAGAACCUGUUUGGACCUGUCUAAAGCAAUUGUGCUUUAUCAAAAGAGAAUAUGUUUCUUGUCUCAAGAAGAAAACGAACUGGGAAAAUUUCUCCGAUCCCAAGGCUUCCAAGACAAAACCCGAGCAGGGAAAAUGAUGCAAGCCACAGGAAAGGCCCUCUGCUUUUCCUCCCAGCAAAGGUUGGCCUUGAGAAACCCUUUGUGUCGAUUUCACCAAGAAGUAGAGACUUUUAGACACCGAGCCAUCUCUGAUACCUGGCUGACAGUGAACCGAAUGGAGCAGUACCGGACAGAAUAUAGAGGGGCGUUAUUAUGGAUGAAGGACGUGUCUCAGGAACUUGAUCCAGACCUCUACAAGCAAAUGGAGAAGUUCAGGAAGGUACAGACACAAGUCCGCCUUGCGAAAAAAAACUUUGACAAGUUGAAGAUGGAUGUGUGUCAAAAGGUGGAUCUUCUUGGAGCAAGCAGAUGUAACCUCUUAUCGCACAUGUUAGCAACAUACCAGACCACUCUGCUCCACUUUUGGGAGAAGACUUCUCACACUAUGGCAGCCAUUCAUGAGAGCUUCAAAGGCUAUCAACCAUAUAAAUUCACAAUGUUAAAGAGCUUACAAGACCCUAUGAAAAAGCUAGUUGAGAAAGAAGGGAAGAAGAGCUCCCGGAGGGAAAAGCGGGAAAAGCGAGAGGCUGCCCCACAGGAGCCCAGGCAGUUAAUUUCUUUGGAGGAUGAGAACCAGCACAAAGAAUCUUCUCCUUCUGAAGAGGGGAAAAGCAUUUUGUCCCCUAUAGACAAAAGUUCUGCACAUGAUGCCUGCUCAGGACCCAUAGAUGAACUAUUGGACGUGAAACCUGAGGAAGGCCAGAAAGAAAUCAGGAGGAAGGGGUUGGACACUCCAGUGUUGCCAGAAAAUACUUGCCUGGGUCCCAUGACGGGGACCCCAGAACCUGAAAGUGGGGACAAGGACGACCUCUUGCUGUUGAAUGAGAUCUUUAGCACUUCCUGCCUGGAUGAGGGGGAGUUCAGCAGAGAGUGGGCUGCAGUGUUUGGAGAUGACCGGCUAAAGGAGCCAGCCCCUAUGGGGGCCCAGGGAGAGCCAGACCCUAAGCCCCAGAUUGGCUCUGGAUUCCUUCCUUCACAACUUUUAGACCAAAAUAUGAAAGAUCUCCAGGCCUCUCUCCAAGAGCCUGCCAAGGCUGCUUCUGACCUGACUGCCUGGUUCAGCCUCUUUGCUGACCUCGACCCCUUAUCAAAUCCUGAUGCUGUUGGGAAAACUGAUAAAGAACACGAAUUGCUCAAUGCAUGAGUCUUCAACCUUCAACAGGGGAGCCCUCGGGCCACUCGGCAGCACCUCAUCCAGGGCCUGCAGAAGUCUAAUGUGCUCAGUAUGCUGUUUUAAUAUUUACAUGCCAUUUUAAUAAAAUGAGAGGGUCAAGGCCCUGUUUCUAUCGCUAUA